AGGCUGUGGAAUCGGCAAUAGUAAUAAAAAAAGAAGAAGAAAGAAACUUGCAAUUAUUUUUUCUGCUUCCCUUCCUUCUUAAUAGGUUUGAAUGAUUGACGACAAUAUUCUCUAGUCAGAAGUGGGCAGUUUCAGAAGGAAGUUUAGAGAAGCCAGGAAAUGUCUGCAAUUCUAUCAAACCGAAGGGUAAUAUUACUAGCAGUAGUAGUAGCUGUACUAUCUCUUGUUCUUUCACUUGUUAUUACAAGACCAAAACAGAAGGAAGAAUCUCCCGUGGCCACUGAGAUAUUUGGAGUGAAGAUUGAAAAGAAUCCUCCUGAAUCCAGACUCGUUGAACUUGGUGUUCGAACGUGGCGCACGUGGGAAGGCAGUCCAAGCAAAUUUCCGUGGGAAUUCAAAGCAACGGAGACUAUGUAUCUGCUGGAGGGCAAAGUGAAGGUUAAUGUUGAUGGUUAUGAUGGAUCGUUUGAAAUUGGGGCUGGUGACUUGGUUGUGUUCCCAAAAGAAAUGAAGGUUACUUGGGAUAUCACUGAAGCUGUGAAGAAGCAUUAUAGCUUGGAAAAGUGAUGUUUCUAAGCCUUGUACAGUCUACAGAUGCUGCUUUAGAAUAUCUUCUGUGGACUGAUAGUUAUACUUUUCGAUAUAUAACUGAAUAUGUUGGAUUCCCAUGUAUUAUGUUUCUAUUUUGCAGCCUUUUAGAGGUUUUGCAAGCAAGGACAUCUAGUAACUGUUGACUGUUUGUGUAUUAAUUCCUUCUGCCCUUAAUUAGUUUCCUAUCUUCAAGAGUUUUACCAA